ACUUGGGAAAACAAUUUCCCACCUUCUCAGGCAUGUUUUUCGACUUCAGGAAAAUAUUUCCAGAUUUUCUAGUGUUUGCUUGGUUGGAUAGUUUCCAGAUCAGGGAAAUUCUCUUGAAUGGUUUUAUGAAAUCAUGAAAAUGGCUCGUCUUUUAAAGAAGAAACCUUUUUAUCGUCUUUCAUAAUUUCGUGGAAAAUAUAUCACCGGAUCUUUGUAUCCAGUUGUGUUUUGGCAAACAAAUUGAGCAUUACUGCAUUUUAUUCUACAAAAACUUGUGCAUUUGCGAUUUUUUUUAUGAAGCCUGGAGCCAGGCAUCACAGAUCAUGCUCAUGUUGGAUAACUGUCAACUGAUGCAAUUGAAUUCAGUGACCCAUGCCCUUGGUCAGAAAAGGGUAUACAGAUAAUAGUUUGCCCAUGCCCUUACAAAAAGGGUAACGAGAGAAGACAAGCUGGGUUUAUACUUUAUCUCAUCCUCAGCAUGGGUUUUUCUCAAGGUGUAUAUGUUCAUCCUGUUAUUCCAAGUUGUCCAAAAAACAUUCAUGGCCUCUCUUACUGUUACCGUGUCGAUGCACAAGGCUUGCAGCACCUCCUAUUUCACCAGCAAACACCGGUCAAUGUUGAAGCCUUCAUGCUCUUUAGCAACCAAACCAGCAGCAGCAGCCCCCGUUGUCAGUCUUAAUAUUGAAGGAGACAAGAGUCUAAGCCUGGACAAGUCCGGGGAAAUUCAGGGUGAAUCAUCGCUCCAUAAAAACAAAGAAGCAGCUCAGGAACCGGAGUUUUUUGAUUCCAGGUGGAAAGAAGGCACAUGGGAUCUAAACAUGUUUGUUAAGAAUGGAAAGAUGGAUUGGGACGGUGUCAUAGUUGCUGAAGCGAGAAGAAGAAAAUUCCUGGAAGUGUAUCCAGCAGAGUCGACUAAUUCAGCCCCGGUGCUCUUCAAAACCUCCGUCAUACCAUGGUGGGCUUGGGUCACACACUCCCAUCUCCCCGAAGCUGAGCUGCUAAAUGGACGAGCUGCAAUGAUUGGAUUCUUCGCGGGCUAUAUUGUGGAUGGUUUAACCGGACUCAACGUUGUAGGCCAAACUGGAAAUUUUCUCUGCAAGACGGGGCUUUUCUUGACAAUAAUUGGUAUCCUUCUUUUUAGACGAUCCAGCGACGUUGACAAACUGAAAAAGCUAGUUGAUGAAGCUACUUUCUACGACAAGCAAUGGCAAGCUUCGUGGCAAGAUGAAGAAAGUGGAAAGCCUGGCGUUUCUAAGUAGAAACAAGUGUAUCCUAGGCCCUGAGCAGUAGUGUUUAAUUAUACGUUUAGUUAUUGAAACAUGGACUGUUUUUUCCAGAGGAGAGCCAGGUGCUCAAGACUCUGAAUAAAAUGUGAAUUACAAGAAGUAUUCUAUCUUAAAC